AUGGCGUCAGAAACCGCUAUUUCCACCCUCACAUUGCCAAAGGCGGUGGAUUUCCCGCCUCUUGCGGGUGAUCCAGUCAGCCCGGAGAGCUGGAGGACACUGAUGGCCAUCAUGGACGCCGUUGCCCCAUCAGUUCAGCGAACAGACUCCCUUGCGGCAGACAACGCACAGGAAUCCAUUGUCAACCUCUCCAAGGAAGAAUGCGAAGCCUCAUUAGCAUCGCUGAGGCAGUACGCCGCUCCAUCAGAAGACAGACUGAAGCAGCAAGACCUGUUCGAAGCCUAUCUUGCCGAGAAGCCAUCAGAGAAUCCAGUCUUUGAGGCGCUGCUCAAAAACAUUCUCUCACACGUCCCGCCGGCCAAGAAGCGCAAGUUGGAGAUGGUCCUGUCACUUCUUGGCAACCGCGGCGGCAGUCUCCUUCUAACCGGCUACAUCACCCCUUUCACCUCGCUCUCCAUCGUGGACCGCACCAAGGUCCUGCAUUCCUGGCGCACCAGCGCCCUCUUCGCUCUGCGCGGACUCUUCAAAACCUUCACCACCCUCGGCAAGCUCGUCCACGUCCGCACGAGCGCCUACCACUCACCCUUGACCGGCUUCCCCGCCACCCCCGCCUCCUGGGUCGCCAACACCUCCUUCCCCUACGAAUUCCUCGAUUUUUCCUCUCCCUCAUUUACCACCAACAGCAAGAACGGCACCAUCGAAAUCGACACCGACGUCGUAAUCAUCGGUUCCGGCUGUGGCGCCGGCGUCGUCACGCACCGUCUCGCCACCACCUUCGGCCGCUCUUUACGUGUUCUCGUCCUCGAAAAAGGCCAAUACUUUGACGCCUCGCACUUCCCGCUCUCCCAAACACACGGUCUUUCCUCGCUAAUGGAAGCCGGCGGCGUGAUCGAGUCCGAAGACGGCAGCAUCACGGUCACAGCGGGCUCGACUUUUGGCGGCGGCGGGACGAUCAACUGGAGCGCUUCGUUGCAGACGCAGCACUUUGUUCGGAAAGAAUGGGCGCAGGAUCGCAAGCUGCCAUUUUUCGAGAGCGAAGCGUUCCAGAAUUGUUUGGAUAGGGUGUGCGGCGUGAUGGGUGUUUCUGACGAAAAGGUGGUGCCGAAUUUCGGCAACAAAGUGCUGUUGGAGGGCGCGAGGAAGUUGGGGUAUGCGGCGAAGGUGGUGCCGCAGAAUUCUAGGGGGAGUGAGCAUCAUGAUGGAUAUUGUGGCAUGGGGUGCUGGAGGGGCGAGAAGAUGGGUCCGGUUAAUGGGUGGUUUCCUGAGGCAGUCAAAAAGGGGGAGGUAAGGUUUGUGCAGGGGAUGAAGGUUGAUAGGGUGAUUUUUGGGAAGAACAAAAAGAAGAAGAAGGUGGCGGUUGGUGUAAAGGGGACGUGGACCCCCCUUGGGGAAGGGGGCAGGAGUGUUAAGGUGGUGGUGAAGGCGAAGAAGGUGGUUGUUAGUGCUGGAACGCUUUGGAGUCCGGUGGUGUUGAUGAAUAGUGGGAUUUCGAACCCUCAUCUGGGGAAGAACUUAAAGCUGCAUCCCGUCAACUUCGUCUCGGCUGUGUUUGAGCAAGAGACCAAGCCCUGGGAAGGUGCCUGUCUCACAUCGGUGAUCAACAGCUUCGAGAACCUCGACGGCAAAGGCCACGGCACCAAGAUCGAAGCCCUCUGCAUGCUUCCCAGCUUCGGCCUCGCUUUUCUCCCCUGGGUUUCCGGACUCGACUACAAGCUCAUGACAGCCAAGUACCGGCACCUCAACACCUACUUCAGCAUCGCUCGCGACCGCGACAGCGGCUACAUAUACCGUGAUCCCGAGAUCGGAACGCCCCAGGUCGUGUACACGCCCUCGGAGUUUGACCGGGCCAAUAUCAUGGUGGGAAUCGUCGCCAUGUGCAAGAUCCUUUACGUCCAGGGCGCAAAGGAGAUCCAUCCGUCGCUGCCCGGGUUCCCGCCCUUUAUUCGGUCUUCCACUGCCUCAUCUACCUCCAAUGACGUGCUCGCGGACAUGGACACGGACAAAGCCAUCACCGACCCGGCUUUCCUCACCUGGUUGUCCGACCUCCAGGUCCACGGCAACAAGCCGCCGCAAACAGCUUUCGGAUCAGCCCAUCAGAUGGGCACCUGCCGCAUGGGCGCGACGGCGAGCGAGGGCGUGGUCGAACCCGAGGGGAAGGGUGUGGGGCACCGAGGGCCUGUACGUGGCGGACGCGAGCGUGUUCCCGAGCGCGAGCGGUGUUAA